UGUCGGUGCCGCCCCGUCCCGCCCCGUCCGCCCGGACUUUUGCUCCCGGUCGGGCCCGCGUUGUUCCGGGCCAUGUGAACCAUAGGAUCGGUCCGUUGGGCCGUUACCGAACCGGUGUCGGUAUGGAACGCAGGAAGGUCUUCGUGGUGCUCGACGUGCUCUGCGUGGUGGUCGCGUCUCUGCCCUUUGUCAUCCUGACGCUGGUGAACUCCCCGUACAAACGAGGCUUCUACUGCAACGAUGACUCCAUCCGCUACCCCUACAAGGCAGACACCAUCACCCACGGCCUCAUGGCUGGGGUCACCAUCACCUGCACCGUUCUCAUUAUCUCCUUGGGGGAGGCAUACCUGGUCUACACAGAACGCCUCUACUCCAAGUCGGAGUACAACAACUACCUGGCUGCCCUCUACAAGGUGGUGGGGACCUUUCUUUUCGGGGGGGCCAUCAGCCAGUCCCUGACCGACCUGGCCAAGUACAUGAUCGGCCGCCUCCGGCCCAACUUCUUGGCGGUCUGCAACCCCGACUGGUCCAAGGUGAACUGCUCCAUCUAUGUGCAGCUGGAAAAUGUCUGCCGAGGGGAGAGCAGGAAUGUCACCGAGUCCAGGCUGUCCUUCUACUCUGGGCACUCCUCCUUUGGGAUGUACUGCAUGAUGUUCCUGGCGCUCUAUGUGCAAGCCCGGCUGGUGGGGAAGUGGGCCCGGCUGCUGCGUCCCACCAUCCAGUUCUUCCUCCUCGCCUUCGCCAUCUACGUGGGCUACACGCGGGUCUCUGACUACAAGCACCACUGGAGCGAUGUGCUGGCCGGGCUGCUCCAGGGCGCGCUCAUCGCCAUCCUCAUCGUCCGCUACGUGUCCGACUUCUUCAAGCACCGUCCGCCCCGGCAGUGCGAUGAGAAGGACCCGGAACGCAAACCCAGCCUGCCGCUAACCCUGAGCGACACCGACCGCAAUCACUACAGCUACGCGGGCGCCCCGUGAGCCGCACGCGGGGCCCGGACUGUGGGAAUGGAGGGGUGGGGGGGGAAAACAUGGAGCCUGGUGCCCACCAAUGGCUUCAUCGCACUGCGCCGCAGCCCUGCCCUUCCCCGAUCCCAGCAGCGCCACGGCUUUGGGAUCUGUGGGGCAGGGGGAGGCCUUGGGCCUGGGCUGGGGUCUGCGGGGCCUGGGAGCAGGGCAGGGGGAGGCCUUGGGCCUACACCAGCACUGUGAGGCCUGGUCCAGCGCUCUGAGGCCUACCCUGAAGCCUAUUCCUGCACCUUAAGGCCUGUCCUGGGGCCUAUCCUGAGGCCUAUCCCUGCACCCUGAGGCCUGUCCCAAGGCCUGUUCCCACACCUUAAGGCCUAUCCCAAGGCCUAUCCCAAGGCCUGUCCCAAGGCCUGUUCUCACACCUUAAGGCCUGUCCUGAGGCCUAUCCUUGCACCCCCAAGGCCUGUUCCCAUACCUUAAGGCCUGUCCUGAGGCCUAUCCUGAGGCCUACCCUGCACCCCAAGGCCUAUCCCCGAGGCCUAUUCCCACACCUUAAGGCCUAUCCCAAGGCCUGUUCCCACAGCUUAAGGCCUAUCCCGAGGCCUAUCCCUGUGCUCUGUGCCUUAUCCCUAUCAAACACUACCGCCUUAGGAGCACAACCCCUCACAGCACAACACAAGGAGAGCAGCCUGCUGGGCGAGCACUGCUUUUUGUUUUUCUUUUCUUUUUUUUUUUUUUUUUUUGAAAGGAUUGAAGCAGCCCAGAGCUUGGCUGUGUUCCCUGAUGAGCUUUAAUGGCCGUUUGGUGCAGGGCAGGGGGAGGCCUUGGGCUCCAACCCUUUGGGUGCUGUGGCUUCGGUGUGUCCUCUGUGGGGUGGUCGGGGCAAGGAGAAAAUCUUCUGUGGUAAAGGGGGUGGGGGGUGGGGAAAGGGACGUGGAGCUGCACAUGGGGCUCUUAUCACUGGGGGAAGGUGGGAAAUGGGCCGCAUCCGUCCUGGCUCUGAGCUGCAGCCGCCUCUGGCAUGGGCGAGCUGUGGGCCCGGAGAGAAGCGACAAGCGUUUGCAUGAUGAUGUGUUUUUGUAAAAAUGUGUUUUUUAAAUUAGAUCAUCGAGAAAGAA